UUAAACAUGUGACGCUAGAAUCUGAUUUCGGCAUAGUAAACAUGAUUUUUUCUAAUAUAAGUUAAUAUAUUUGUGCAUUUAUAUAACAUAUCAAUCAGUAUUAUUAUACAUCUGAAUUAUUAUAAAAAUAUAUAUAUAUAUAAUGAUGCGCUCGAAGUUAAUUAUUGGGAUAGUUUUAGUGUUAUUUGUGCUUGCGACAUGGCUUUUUGGCCAUCUUUACCGUGAACUCUUAUUUGUUUAUGAGCAAACAGGCACACUCUCAGACUCAGAAUACUCAUGGGUUUUCAGGUUAUUGCUCAAUCUAGUGGGUUAUUCUACAGUUCUGUUGCCUUGUUAUAUUUUAUACAAAUAUCUUGAAAAGACAAAUUACUUUGAUAAAAUAUCAAAUAACUCAUGGAUCUCUAGGUUACUGUUUGCUUGCUUCUCUGAACAUGAACGCAUCCCAGAGUCGGUAAAACCUGUAAAAGUAGAAGAAAACACUAAACGUGAAGGAUUGGAACUGGCAUUCUGUUUUACAGGCCUUAUGGGCGCGUAUCUGGUGUGGGGAUUACUACAGGAGAAGAUCAUGACACAGAAGUACAUAAUGCCAGAUGGAUCUCAACAAAGAUUCAAUGACUCCCAGUUUUUAGUAUUCAUCAAUCGACUACUAGGCUUUCUCAUAGCACUAGUGCGGCUACUGAGUACGGGCCAGCAAGUGAUAGCGGCUCCCCUGUACAAGUUCUCCUACUGCUCACUCACCAACAUCAUCAGUGCUUGGUGUCAGUACGAAGCACUCAAAUAUGUCAGCUUUCCCACCCAGGUGCUCUCGAAGUCGUGCAAGGUGAUCCCGGUGAUGCUGAUGGGCAAGCUGAUAUCGCGCAACAAGUACGAGGGCUACGAGUACGGCACGGCCGUGCUGAUCUCCGUGGGCAUGGUGCUGUUCCUGCUGGGCAGCGCGCGCGGCGGGGCGGGCGGCGCGGGGGGCGCGGGCGGCGCGGCGGGCGCGGCGCUGCUGGCGCUGUACAUGUGCUGCGACAGCUUCACGUCGUCGUGGCAGGGCGCGCUGUUCCGGCGCCACGCGCUGCGGCCGCUGCAGAUGCUGUGCGCCGUCAACCUGUGCUCGUGCGCGCUCACGGCCGCCGCGCUGCUGCACCGCGCCGACCCGCACGCGCCGGCGCUGCUGCUGCUCCGCCACCCGAUGUUCGUGUCGGACUGCCUGCUGCUGUCGGCCAGCUCGGCGGUGGGGCAGCUGCUCAUCUACCGCACCAUCGCGCGCUUCGGCCCGGUGCUCUUCACCAUCAUCAUGACGCUGCGACAGGCGGUGUCGAUACUCAUAUCGUGCGCGGUGUACGGACACUCGAUUUCAGCAGAAGGCUGCGUGGGUGUGGUGCUGGUGUUUACGGCAGUGUUCCUUAGGAUUUACUGCAGAAAGAGGAAGCCGGCCGCUGUUAAAUAAACUAAAUGCGUCCAUUAUAUAUUGUGUUGUGAAUUUAGCGUUUGUGAAUAUACGUCCCGGUCUUAUUAUUGAAUGAUGGUGACUAGACUGACUUGGUGGUACCACUUAUAUCUGUAGAUAAUCUAUCAAGCAAAAGUGUUUGCUUAAUUUUAUUGUAAACAAUACUUCCUAAAUCAUGAGAUUUUAUUAUUUAACACAGAUGCAAUUUUUAAUUAAUUUUUAUUUAUAUUCAGAGACAAUAUGUUGAGAUUUUAUACAUACUGAAGUUGUAAUGGUGCGUUUGCUGUUUUGAAAUACGAAUUGUAAUUGCAUAACAAUGAAUCUGUUUUGCAUUACAACAAAACAGUUAUGUAACACACUGUUUGAAGAAUAUUCAUAGAUAUUACCAUAAAUAAUUAAAUAAAACAAAGUUCCUCUUUCCGUUUGUGUUAUCUUUCUCUCUCAAACACAGCAGAGCGCGCCAUCUUGUAUCAGAUUGUGUCACGCCUGAACGCCUUCAAUAGCAUGGCAUGUUUAAGCAUGUUUGUAAAUCACCCAAAGACUGAAUAAAGGGCUGCAAGGCUUACCUGCUAAAUAAAUGUUCUAAAUUAGUUGCGAUGCUUCUCGGCGAUGCUUGCAGGUUGUUGUUAAUUUCCUUUAAAAUUCUACAAACAUUAUAAUUUAACAAUGUCAGUGGCGCGUAAAUCUGACGCAAGAUGGCGCGCUCUGCUGUGUGUUAAAGAGAAAAUUAUCAUACAAUGGAGAGAGAAGUAAGAUGAACUUUUAUUUUGGUAAUAUGUAUGGAUGCUUCUUUAAACAGCUUUAGAUACACAUAAUUAUAAUAUAAUUUACAAACUGUUCACGGGCACAAAACGGAAAUUAAUUUAUAGUGACUUGACAUUUAUAUGAAUGUAAAUAUUUUUUUUCUUAUACAAGCUUAGUUUAGUUCGCGCAGGCAAUAUUUAUUGGAACUAAAUGAUGUUGGGAUUUAUUGUACCUCUAGUUACCUAAGAAUCGAAUAUUUGUAGAUAUUUCUGUAAUAAAGAUGUUUAUAAUUUUACAUUUUCCGAUACGUCGCGGUACUAUUUCCAUACGCUGUCCUUUAUAUCGAGUGACGUUUCGUCUUCCAUUAGUCUCUAUCUCUGAGUGAACAAGUGACUGCCUUAUAAGGACGUAAAUCUUUAGGCCGAGGGUCGAAAUACCAGCCCUCCUCCCCUCGUCGAUUAAAAGUUAUUGAGUUUUCUAUAAAUAAGCCGCAGUUCGGAAUUACAGCGUUAUAACUCUGACGACUUCCUAACUGUCCAUCGGGUCAAAUUACCAUUCCAUAGAAUAAUGAGAAUGAAGUAAAGGAAUAGAGAGAAUAACAUAAAUUAUCAGAGAUAGUACAGCAAGCGUGUGCGACCCGGAUACGGUCGCCAGACAAAAUCUCUCCGUUUAUUUGAUUUUCUGGUGGUGCAUAUGCUACAUACACACAGGCGUUUACGGCGUCACCGCGCACGGUCGACCAACACCGCUCGUUAUCGGAAAAUGCGAAAUCGCAAAAACAUAACGUGACAGAUUGUACGUUGAUUUUGUAACGUUAUACUCGAAUACGUACAUCUCGUAGCUGUUAUAUAGUAUUGUAGAGUUGUGUACAUCUGGGAUAUGUGGAAUAAAUAUUUAUAAAAUUUC